UAAAGUUUUUAAAAACAACUAUACAUCAUUAUUGGUUUCUAUAUUUUAAUCGGUUGUUAUAUAUAUAUGUAUAUAUAUGUAUUAUAUAUAUAUAUAUAUAUUAUAUAUAUAUAUAGAUAUGAUGAACUUUGUUUAUUAAGUUUAAUUGAAAUUAAAGUGCGCGAUGGUACAAGAACUCGAAGUUAAAAACAGGAGGUUAUCUAUCAACAAAAAAACCGCCAUAAUUGAUUGGAUUGAUUAUGUUGAUCCAUCGAUAAAAUACGAUGAAUUUUUUUCUAAAUAUUUAAUGGAAAAUAAACCUUGUAUUUUUAAAUCGAAUAUAACAGAAAAUUGGUCGUGUAAGAGACAAUGGAAUUUGGAUGGUACUCCAGAUUUUGAUGUUCUUGAUAUAUUAUUUGGAGAUUGUAUAGUUCCAGUUGCAGAUUGUAACAAAAAAUAUUAUAAUUCACAAUCUAAGGAUGAUAUGAAAAUGAAAGAUUAUUUAAAUUAUUGGAUAGAUUAUGCAAAAAACAAUUAUUCAGAUUCUAUGCCACUUUUGUAUUUAAAAGAUUGGCAUUGUCCAAAAUUAUUUCCUAAUGCUCCUAUGUACACUGUUCCUGAAUAUUUUGCAUCAGAUUGGCUGAAUGAAUAUUAUAUUGCAAAUCCUAAUUUGAAUGAUGAUUAUAGAUUUGUUUAUAUGGGACCAAAAGGAACAUGGACACCAUUACAUGCAGAUGUGUUUGGAUCCUACAGUUGGUCUGCUAAUAUAGUUGGAAAAAAACGUUGGUUACUUUUUCCUCCAGGUCAAGAAGAUUUUCUUAAAGAUAUACACGGACAAUUAACAUAUGAUGCAACAUCAAAAGAACUUAAUGAUUAUACAAGAUAUAAGGCCUAUGAUAAACGUGUAUUAAAAUAUAUUGAUAUAAUCCAACAGGAAGGAGAAAUUAUAUUUGUACCAUCUGGAUGGUAUCAUCAAGUCUGGAAUAUAGAAGAUACAAUUUCUCUUAAUCAUAAUUGGAUAAAUAGUUGUAAUAUUAUGAAUGUGUGGCAUGGAUUAAAAAAAGAAUUAAAUUCUGUUAUAAAAGAAGUUAGUGAUUGUAAAGAUAUGAAUAAUUGGGCAGAACAUUGUCAAUUAAUAUUAAAAUCUACAUAUGGAAUGGAUUAUAAUUUAUUUUUUGAUUUCUUAACAUUUAUUACUAAACAACGUUUAAAUAUGGUUUUAGACAAAGAAGAUGUAAUAAGCUUUAAUAAAUAUAAACUUGGAUUUAAUCAUUGCAUAUUUGAUCUUCAUUCAAUAAAAUUGACAUUGAUAGAUUUUAUUAAUGAUAUGGAAGAAAAAUCUAUUUAUUAUUUAAUUUGUGAAAAACAACAAGCUCAUAAAUUGUUAAACAAAAUUUUAUUAUUUCUUCAAUCACAUGAUUCAACUGAAAAUUUAUCCAUAUGAUAAAAGAUAUAAAAUCUAAAAAUAAAUAAAAAAAUUGUUGUUUAUAUAUUAUAUAUUAUAUAUGUAAAUAUUAUGUAAAUAUUAUGUUGUAAAUAAUGUGAUAUAUAUUAUGAACAAAUUUUUAUAUAAUUCUGUAAAUAUUGAAAAUACAUAAAUUA